AUGGUUCGUACACGAUUUGAUCAAGCUUCAUCUCAAGUUCAAUGGAUGAUUAUUCGUAAUACUUCAUCAUUUUUACAUAGACGAAAAUUGGCUACAUUAACAACAGAGCCAAAUAAUUUAAAAAAUCGUAAUACUUAUCGUUCUAACGGUCUUAUUCAUCCAAAAGUUGUCGGAGUUGAAGCUGUUAAAAAUGGUAAUGGUGUUGUUUUUACCACAGGAAGUGUUAAAAAUAUUAAAAAACCACUUAAACGUUUUCAUAAAGUUAAACUUACUAGAGAUUCACGUCGUACAUUAACCAGUAUUCGACGAACAAUUCGUAAACAAAGCUAUCGUAAAGAUCUUAAAAUGGCUGCUCUUCGUCGUGCAUCUGCAUUACUUCGUGGUCAACGAUUAGCUGCUACGUCAACAACAGCAACAACAACAACUACAACAGCCACAGCAACUACUGCUGGUAAACGUUCAGGCAAAGGUGCUGCUACAACAACAACAACAACAUCUUCUUAA